AUGAUCCGUGAGUGCCCCCUGCUUUCCGAUCGAAGGACUCGGGUGAUAUAUGGGAGGGGAGAUAUGGAAGAGGGAGAGGAGGGAGAGGUAGGGAUGGAGGGCGCAGAGGGGUUUGCAACAGGGGAGGAAGGAGAUCCAGAUGGAGAGGAGUCAGAAGAAGACGAGGAGGAAGAGGCUGAUAGUGAUGGGGAGGAUGAUGACGAUGACCAAGAUGAUGGCAAUGAUGACGAUGACCAAGAUGAUGGCAAUGAUGACGAUGAGGAGGAAGAGGAAACUGAAGAUAGUGCGGAGGGAGAGGGCGAGGGAGAUGAGAGUGAGGAGGGAGCACGCCAGCGGCAGCUGGCGAGAGCCGCGUCGCUCGCCGUAUCUUCCGCCACAUCUUCCGCCGCACCGUCCAUCGCUGCAUUUGGAAGCCGUAGUUUCGGGAUCGGGUCGCCGUCGCCGAUUUCCGCGUGGCAAGCGCACCUGUUGCCACGUGUCUUCAACGUGGCAUCAUCGUCACCUCAACCAACCGCUGUCGUGGGAAAUGCACACUCUACCCUCUCUCCGUCACUAUUGCGAUCACCAUCGCCUUCAGCACCGCUGCUCCAGCCUGGAAUGAUUGCCUUGAGAACCCGUUCGCCUCUCAUCCCAUCCUCCUCGCUUAUCUCUAGCCAUGGCCUUGCCACGUCAGCCACAUCCACACCAGCUGCUGCAGCCACGUCAGCCACAUCCACACCAGCUGCUGCAGCCACGUCAGCCACAUCCACACCAGCUGCUGCAGCCACGUCAGCCACAUCCACACCAGCUGCUGCAGUCACGCCAGCUUCAUCAACAUCAGCAUCACCACCAUCAACAUCAGCAGCAGCUGGAGCAGAAGGUGCAGUGUCAACAGGGGGGGUUGGAGUCGCAGCAGCUGGGGAGCCGGGAGUGGGGAAUGGGAGGAUCCGGGUGAAGACAAAAGCGCUGACGAAACAAGCAAAGCACAUCAUGAAUAUCCUGGAUGCAGAGGCCACGGGUGUCCUGCGAGAGCAACGGAACAUGCCAGACUUCAAGCCGGGGGACGUUCUAUCCAUGAAGAUUGAGGUGCCUGAGAACAAACGGCGCACGUCAAUAGUGAAGGGCAUCGUCAUUGCGCGCAGGAACGCCGGCAUCGGCUCCACUUUCCGCAUCCGCCGCAUGCUGGCAGGCGUCGGCGUCGAGAUGUCCUUCCCUCUGUACUCUCCCAACAUCAAGGAGAUAACGGUGAUAGGAACUCGGAAGGCGUCGGUCUGCCACGCACUCGCCACGCAAUCUGUCCCUCCCUUCCCUUGUCCGCCAUCUCAACAAAAUCUUCAAGGCAGCACCGACGGUGGUGAUGGGGCUAGCUCUUGUUGA